AUGAGUUUGAACGAGCUGAUCGACGGGCAAAAAGUUGAGGUGGUUUCUCACCCCACCCUCAACAUUACUCAUGGUGUCGUUUACGAUAUCGAUACCAAAGACAUGAGCAACGAAGAACUUCUUGACGAGCUGAAAGGUCAAGGAGUCGCAGCAGUGCGUAGGAUCACCAAGCUGCACGAAGGAGUAGUGAACAAUACUCCUCUGGUGGUGAUAUCGUUUAGUGGCUCAACCCUCCCCGACUACAUUUACCUCGGAUUGGUACGCACUAGCAUCCGGCCCUACUACCCGUCCCCCAUGCUGUGCUACCGCUGUGGCAAAUUCGGGCAUGGCACUAGGGUGUGCCCCAACAAGGAAACUUGCUUGAACUGCAGCCUGAACCACCCAUCAGCCAAAGAUAACCCAUGCACCCAAGUCUCAAAGUGUAUAAACUGCAGCGGAGACCACUCAACAAGAGCAAAAGAGUGCCCCAAAUACAUGGAAGAGGUAGCCAUCAUUAAAGCGAAAGUUUCCCUAAACCUUUCCUUCCCCGAAGCAAGAGCUCUAAUAACACAAAAGCGCAAAGGACCAAGUUACGCUGAACAAACCCAGAAAGGCACGGAAUCGAAAGACAACGAGAAAGAUUCCACUAUCGCUAGACUGAAGGCGGAGCUUAUUAGACUAAAGGGCUGUAGCGUGCACGACGUUGCUACGGAAUCAGUCUGCCCAAUCGUCCCACCUUUCCGAACAAAUGGCUUAAGCGCCACCUCUUUCGAGGACCAUUUGUCGUGCUUUAGGGUUGCCCGACCAGAAACCCAGCCUCAGGGCGGGUCGAUAUAG